AGCAAUGGUCGUGUGGGACCUCUUGGUGCUCGUGUUCCGCAUUCUGUGCUUCAAGCCGGCCGUCAUCGUGAUCUGAGCAACCAUGGAGCAUAAAGGCCUCGAUCCCACUGACGUUUACUGAGCGUCGCCCACUAGGCCUCUUACUAGUCCUCUCACUUGCUCUCACCACUACCUGCCUGACGGUGGUCCUGCAGCCUCGUCUGCCGUGGUCACCACCACAUCACCACUUAGUUACCGCACCAUCCGCGGCUACACGCUCCAUUUACCAUGAGUUUCGCUCUGGAUCCCCUGGAUCCCACGGGUAUAUACUGAUGGCGCAGUGCCGCCAGUCCCUCCCCAACCAUGGCGCCACACACUCCCUCGUCGCUCCUGCAGUUCCGCCUCGCCCUGUCCCUGCUGUCCUUGCUGGUCGCCCCCUCCCUGGGGCUCCUCCCACACUUUCUAGAUGGCGACGUUGUGGAUGAGAAUAACCUAGGGAAGGGGGCGCCGCAGCCACUCAGCCUCCCGGACGCUGUGCGCCUCUUCCAGCUCCUGCAGGAGGAACAACAAGUCAACGCAGGGGGAGCAGAGGGCCGCGCCAACCAAGAGGAUGCAAGACUCAUUGGCAUCACAGACGGAGGCGUCUACAGAGGCGACCUUGUAGUUUACCUACCAAUCACUCUUCUUCUUCCCACGUUUGCCUUCCGAUCUCGUUAUUCAUUGGCUGGAAAGAAGAAUUCUGGUUGGUUGAGCUUCAUUACUGGGAGGAGUCGAUCCAAGUCAUGGGAGGAUAAUUCACUCGACAUCCGAGGGCCGGUGGAUAAGGUCUUGACCAACCAGGUGAAAUACAACCCACACCUGACUGACUACAGCACUCACGAAGAAUUCGGUCCACUGCUCUCCCGACUGGACGCGUAUUUCCACUACCUGCGUGUCCACGACGACCAUUGCCGCAUGCGGGCCAUCUGCCAGCUGGCACAGGACCCCGCAGCCUUCACCCCGCUCUCGCAUCUCAUUCUCUCAGCACUAAAGAAGAGCGAGUCGUUCUCCCGGCCGUCCACUUACAGCCCGGUGGUGUUUCGCUUCUUCCGUUAUUACUGGGCAGCUGAGAGGGGCGUGGCGGGCGUGGACUGUGGCCACGCCUACAGCCAGUGCCCCGCUGACCUUGAGGACAUCGUCAAUAUGAGUGUACUCAACUUCUGGCAAAACCUCGCCUCUUUCGUGUCCAUAAAACUGAGUGAUGAGUGAUAUCUGGUUCAUCCUACAGCCUCUCGAUGUCUCCCUAACUCCUGCCUGGUGCCUCUUGCUGCUCCCCUUUGUGACUACGAUGUACCUCUGGUGCCUCUCCCCCUCCCCCCCCAAGUGUGCUUCCCCAGCACACUCGUAUGUUACCAGCCAGUCGCUAGUGCCUGGAGGGGGCGGGUCAGCUGGGCUCCCCCUCCCCCGUCCCCCACAACAACUUGUUACCAGCCAGUCACAACUGCCUUCACAAGGCCCCCCCCUCUCCUACACCGCCCACUGGCCCCCCUCUCACAAGUUGCCACAACGGACUCUCGUUCCUGUUAGGUUUUCCCUAUAAUCCUGUGUUACUUAGGUCCUAGAUGCCGUCACCCAGGCCCUAAUGUGAUGAUAUUAUUAGUUUUUUCUCAAAACCCUUGUUAUGUUUCCAAGCCCUGGGCAGCCCGGACGUUGUAGCUGCUGGCAUAAGUCCUCAGCCCGAGGGCCACCGAGUAAGGGGCCAGCCUCGUGCCGCCCCAGAGGAUCUCCCCACCCGUAUGAGGUGUUGAGCGUGACGUGUUUAACCUGUGAUAUAAUAGUUUAUUUUGAUGUGUCUGACCCGCCUGCUCGCGGACGGGCACCUCUGACCCACCGACCUGUACUGUUUUGUCCACACCCGUAGUCAUUCCCUUUGACCAUCCCAUCGACCUCUGACCGUAACAAUUAUUAUGUUUUGUCCCGCCUGCCUACCUACCAACCUACCAGGCCACUUGCCGGUCUCGGACCUGAAACAUGUAGUGCCCCAAAACUCAUCCCUAAUUGGAGGUACCUGCUGACUCAGCUGACUCUAGAUUGACGAAUAGUAGUUAUCAGACCAGACAACGAAAAUGACUCAUCGUGUUUAUGAUUACAACACUCAAUGACUCAUGACCAAAGUCAAAAGAAGACAUACAUUUCAUCCAUCGACUUCAUGACCAGACGAGAACUCACAUUUACUCAUCGAUCUCAUGACCUAGACCAAGCGAUGACUCAGAUGUUCUCACCGGCUUAAUGACCAAGCCAGGUGAUGACAUACAUACCCACACUUUGCUUGACAAACACAUCUUAAUUGACUUACCAACUAACUUGACCCGGAAUGUACUGGCACUGCUGACUGACUGUACACCGUUGACAUGAUGUUGUGGGAUACGAGGAUGAAUUUCUCUCGCCCUACCUGUGUUGUGACCCACUGAUGUUUGAUCUCAGUAAAUGAGGUCGACCAACUUUGCACUUUUGACUUGAAUUAUAACUGACCCAUCUAUCUGACUGUUGACCUUUGUUUAGAGUUUAAAGCCUGACUGACUGUAAUGUUUGACCUCAGCUGACCUUCUCUUUAACCUGAAGUGACCUUUUGAUAUUGCCUUUCAAGGGAGGUGUAGUUCAGAGGGUAAACUACAAUGACUAUUUACAAAUAACUGGCAAAUAUAUAUUGAAGAAAUGACUUAAUACUCUGGCCAUUUUCUUUGUGGACAGUGGACACCCUCAACAGAAAACGAAACACUACACCAAAAAGCUGCCGUUCAGUGAAGUUGCGAUUACUGACAACUGUAUAUUGUCGAUAUAUAUAACCUGUUGUCAUGCACAUUUGACAGACUUUAUUUACCUGACUGACUUACUGCUGGAUGGACUGAAAAUUCUGUGAACUUGACUGAAUGGCAGGGAUACCUACUUGACUGAUCUCACUUUGUAAACCAUAUCAUUAGACUGGACUGAUGUGUAACUGUGAUUUAUUUAUGGAAUAAUACUUUAACAUUACAUCUUAGACAUAGUAACUGGUUCAACAACUCUAUGUAACUGGUGACUGUUUGUGAAUCGGUUUGAUUGAUUCGGAAGAUUUGACCGUACACUGAAGACCUGACUGUACGAGGAACGCAUGACUGAUUUCUCUAACAUUCAUAAUUUUUUUGAUGAUUUCCAUUUUACACAAUUGUAUUGAUCAUUAAUUAUUAUUUAUUCAAACACAUUUACUGCUUAAUUAGACUGGCUAGACUGACCAAUUCCACUUUAUAUACAAACAUAGUAUAACCUUAUCCCCAUAUAUAUAUAUACUGUACUAUAAUCUGAACUUAUACACUUAAUAUAAUAAUACAAGUUUAUUCAUUACAGUUUGUAUAACUAUUACUAAAGGAACAAAGACUUUGAAGAAACUGUAUGUACAAACUUAAGUGAUUGAAUGAAUGGUGAAUAAUAUAGAAAUAAGAAGCUAUGCUGGACUUAAUGACACUAUACAUUUGGACUUUGGCAUCUGUAGUCGACUGACCAACAUAUAAAUUAAUUAUACAUUGAAUGAAGUGAUUUUUUUUCUUCAUAUACUGAAUGACGUGAACUUAAGAGCUGCUUUCUUGACGGAUUACCAGGACUUGAUUUUACUUGGGAGUUACUGAACGAUCUGAUUGACUUCUGACUCAGUGAAUGUUUGAACUUGCUGAAGUUAUUAAACAAAUAUGACUUUCUGAAUGAACGGACUUUAAAGAGUUACUAGACUGUACUUUUAAACUGACUCAAUAAACUGAACUUUUAGACUGAUUGAACGAUUGUACUUUAGAACUGACUGAACGACUGUACUUUUAGACUGACUGAACGACUGUACGUUAAAACUGACUGAACGACUGUACUUUAAAACUGACUGAACGACUGUACAUUUAGACUGACUGAGCGACUGUACUUUUAGACUGACUGAACGGCUCUACUUUUAGACUGACUGAACGACUGUACAUUUAGGCUGACUGAACGACUGUACUGUAUAUCUAGACUGAACGAUUGUACUUUUAGACUGACUGAAUAAACUGAACUUUUAGACUGACUAAACGAUUUACACUAUCGUAAAAUACGUAUUGACUGGAUUGACUGAGCGACUGGACUGAGUGACUAGACUCGUGCGAAUGAUUAAACUGUCGUUACUGACUACUGAAAAGAAAUGACUUAAUUGACUCAGGGCCAUAAUAACACUCAGGGAAGACCUGUGUGCUACUGAUUCAGUGAACCGAUGUUACUGACUCAUUGACUAUACCUACGUGUUUCUGACUCAGUGCACAUGAUAAAUGACCUUAAGACUUUUUGCUAUUGUACACGCUGCUGACUCAGUGCAAUUGUACUGAAGACUCUUGACUCAGUUCAUUUGCAUUACGAACUAUACUGCUUCAGUGUGUAUGUAUGUGAAUCUACUGACUCAUUGUACUUGCAUUACUGACUCCACUUAUUUGCGUUAUCGACUUUACUGACUCAGUGCACUUGUCUACGUAAAUCACUAUGUAUGCACAGAUGCUGCUGAUUCAGUACACGAGUAUUACGGAAUCAACUGACUAUGAUUUACGCAUAUACUACUGAUUCGUGGCAAAUGUAUCAGGAAACUUUGUUGAUUGUUCAGUAAACACUACUGAAUGACUGCAUUUGUUUACUGACUCCACUGAAUCAUAACAUGUCACUGAUACAACUGACUCGGUACAUUUAUAUUAUAAAUUCGAGUGAUUCAGUACUCUUGUAUCAAUGACUCGACUGAAUGAAUGCACUUGGUUUACUGACUGAAACUGUACUGCUGACUUUACUGACUUUACUUUUAUUACCGACUCUACUGAUUCACUGUAUAUGUAUUACUGACUCACUAUACAUGUAUUACGGACCCUACUGACUCACUAUACAUGUAUUACUGACUUUACUGACUCACUUAACUUGUAUUAUUGACUUUACUGACUUUACUGACUCACUUUGCUUGUAUUAUUGACUACUGACUCACUGUACAUGUAUUACUGGCUCUGCUGACUCACUGGACAUGUAUAAUUGACUUUAAUGACUCUACUGAUCCACUGUACUUGUAUUACCGGCUCUACUGGGACUCACUUCACUUGUAAUAUUGACUCUGCUGACUCACUGUAUGUACCUGUGUUUCUGACUCAAUCCAAUGGCUCAGUGAACGAAUUUAAGUCACUGAUUUGGUAUUCGCACUACUUACUGACUGUAUACCCAACUGAACUGAACGACUGACUUUAAUUAAUAUGCUGACUUGUACUGUUGACUCAUUGACGACGUGUUAAACACGGUAAAUAAAUAUGAUAAUGAA